AUGGAUUUAUCUUCUCGACCGGAGCUGUUCGAUUUCCACGGAGUGUCAAUGACCCACUAUUUAACAGACAACUGGGAGAACAUUCAAAAGUUUCAGGCCAGGCCAGAUGAUAUACUUAUUACAUCAUACCCCAAAGCAGGACACACAUGGCUCUCCUACAUCCUUGACCUGCUGUACUUUGGUAAAACAUCUCCAGAGCGUCAGACAUCCAUCCCUAUCUAUCUAAGAGUGCCUCACUUAGAGAUCAUCGUGCCUUCUCUGCAGCCAGGGUCUUCUCCACAGAUCUUCAAGGGAACAGAAUUGGCCGACAAGCUCCACACUUCUCCUCGACUUAUCAAAACUCAUCUUCCUGUCCAGUUUAUGCCAAAGUCCUUUUGGGAGCAAAACUGCAAGAUAGUCUACGUGGCCCGCAAUGCAAAGGACAGCGUGGUGUCUUAUUUCCACCUUGAACGCAUGACCAAAAUCCAUCCAGAUCCUGGAGACUGGAGCAGUUACCUCCAGAGAUUUAUGGAGGGAAAGAUGGUAUUUGGAUCCUGGUAUGACCACGUGAACGGCUGGUGGAAGAAGAAACAGACUUAUCCAAACCUCCAUUACAUCUUCUAUGAAGAUCUUAUUGAGGAUACUGGACGGGAAAUAGACAAACUCUCCUGCUUUCUUGGUUUGUCUCCUUCAGCCGAGGAGAAGGAAAGAAUUAGAGGGGAAGUGCAGUUUGAUAAUAUGAAAAAGAAUAACAUGGUCAAUCAUUCAACAUAUAGAGGGAUGGAUUUCAAAAUAUCUUCCUUCAUAAGAAAAGGAAAAGUUGGUGACUGGAAGAACCACUUCACUGUGGCCCAGAAUGAAGAGUUUGAUGAAGACUACAUGAAAAAGAUGAAGGAUCCCACACUUCAGUUCCACACUAAAAUUUGAACAGGACUGCGGUAUAUGUGAAGAUCAUUUAAUGGAUACUGUGUGGCAAAUUUAUGUUAAAAUUAAGUUACUGUCGCUUCUAGUGUGACAGCCGAGGUAUGGAGUGUGUACCCAACUUGUUGCUCAUGUUAUGUCAUUAAACCAGUAGACUACAAU